GGCUGAGGGUGGGACAGACACUGGUUGACCUGCAUCUGUUGUGGAGAAAAAAGAGACAGAGACAUGCACUGCAGACGCCUCAAUGAGGGACAGUUUAAUAGUUGAGAAACACAUUUGAACAGAUCCAUUAGUAACCUCAUCACUAUACACCUUCUAGAGUUUUGGCUGAAGGUACAGAUGCGGCGUAGACUUCGAUGAGUUCGGACUGAAACAUCCAUUUCCCUUUGAGAGGAAAAAGGUAACGGUUCACAGUUUUCCACCCUGCGUUUUCCCAAGUGUCUGAAGUGAGAACUGUGCUUGGUUGAAAUAGGGAGAAAAAGUUGAGGAAGACAAGAACAAACAAGGCAGAACAAGAAAAGGCUGAAGAAGACGAAAGGCAAGACACAAUAAGGGACAUUUCAAGAAGAUAAGGAAGACACAGGACAGGGAAAGCAACAAUGGAAGACAAGUCCAAUUAAAUAAGAGAAAAAACUAAGAAAAUAAACCAGUUAAAGGAACCCCGUCAAAAUUCAGUGAACCAUCGGGACCCUUCGAGGGAGGUCAGAGAAGAAUGGCGUGCCAGGCAUUCAGCGCCGACUCUUUCAACACGCUUGGAGAUUCCGCCUUGCCGAUCCUCAUGCACCACGUCUCCACGGGCGACUGCCUGCCAGCCAACUCUCACGCUCACAGCAUGGUUUCUGCAGUGUCCUCCGGGCUGUCCCUGGGUCAGCCCUCCAAGCGCUCCCACAUGCACCUGUCCACCUCCUCCCUCAGCAACGCACUGGGCAACUCCCCCCCGGGACUACAUUACCCAGUCACCCCUUGCCACUACAGCAACCAGCAGUAUGGCAUGAUGGCAGCUCAGGAGAUGCUCUCUGCCAGUAUUUCUCAGUCUCGCAUCCUGCAGACAUGUGGUGUCCCUCACCCCAACAUGGUGGGCAGUGGGAACCCAUUGCAAGGGUCUCUCACUCCUUGCUUGUACAAGUUUCCGGAUCAUGGUCUAGGCAGUGGUUCCUGUGCAUUAAGCCAUAGUUUCUCCACACUGCCCCCGGCCCUCCUCACCACUGAUGAGGCCCCUGGGGUCCUGAGUAUUUGCGACAUGAAAACUGACCAUAGAAAAAGCAUGCGGGACCCAGAAGAUGUCCCUCCCAUGGACUCCCCGCAGAUAAGAGAGCUGGAGAUGUUUGCCAAUGACUUCAAAAUACGCAGGAUCAAACUCGGCUACACGCAGACUAAUGUAGGAGAGGCUCUUGCUGCAGUGCACGGCUCAGAGUUCAGUCAGACUACAAUCUGCCGCUUUGAGAAUCUGCAGCUGAGCUUCAAGAACGCUUGCAAACUCAAGGCCAUUCUGUCCAAAUGGCUGGAUGAAGCAGAGCUGGCCGGCGCCUUGUACAGUGAUAAAUUAGGAAUGAACGAGCGGAAGAGGAAAAGGAGAACCACUAUCAGUCUGGGAGCUAAGGAGGCCCUGGAACGCAGCUUUUUGGAAAAAAAUAAGCCAUCUUCCCAGGAAAUAGUGCGGAUAGCAAAAGGCCUCCAUCUGGAGAAGGAGGUGGUCAGAGUCUGGUUCUGCAACAGACGACAAAGAGAAAAACGGGUCAAAACCAGCCUGAACCUCAGCUCCUGUUUGACCAAACUCAGCCCACACUGCAUUACACAGAUGAGCAAAUCACAAAGACCCAUGACGUAGUUCAGGGUUCACCUUUAGUUCGAUGGAGGCUCCUUCAUGACUUCACAUGCUGGUGAAAAUGUGCUCCUUUAAAAUCAAAUGUGUGACAGAAAAACCUUGAAAGUUGGGAAAGUUUUACUCAACAAGAAAUCAGAAAGAACAACUAAAACUGCCGUCACUCUGCAACAAGCAGCUGCUGAUACCCUUGAAACUAUUCUAUUGAUUUAAAAUUCAAAUGAUAAUUUAUAUCCAGUGAAGGUCAGCCAUAUACGAAAACAACUGAAAAACACCUUAGCUAUAAAAGCAUGAGUCAUUGUCACUUUGUUAGAUGACUCCAAAGCAGAAAGUGUUUAAUUUAAAGAGACAUCCCUUUUUGCAAAUAUGCUGCAGAAUCUUUGGUUUGUUUUUUACUUGAAAAGAAAUGUGUAUUUACAGUAUUUAAAAGACUAUAUUCUCCUAAAAAAAUCCCAUACAGGUGAGCCCUCAGUUCUGUGCCAUUCUAAAGACAGACAUAAGCCUAACUUUUAUUCUCCCUUUUCAAGACAACAUGUCUUUAUUGUUGAUGAAAUGUUGUUCAUUUAGAUGUAUUCUAGUUGUAUUUGUUUGUUGGUUUAUUUAGAUUAUCUGUUAAAUUAAAAUCAUGUGUUUUAUUUAAAUGAAUAUAGCUGUUGCCAAAAAAGUUAUAUAUUUAAAAUGUCACAAUAACCUAUUUAUUUGAUCAUUUAUUAGGUUGAGCUACUUUGCUGAGCACAACCUCUUUGAUUUAUGGUUUGACGUCAGGAGUAUGUGAAACUUUCUGACAUGUUGUCACCACACGGAUCUGCUGUUUCCCUAAAAGAUAGAUUUACUUCAGUUUGUUGAUGUUCUGCUUUUGUUGUUGCUGCCUUGACAAAGUGUCAUACAAAGAAGAACAUCAGCCAGUCAAGACGUUGACCUGGUUGGGAAGACGGAUGUAAAACGUCUAAAUAAAGUGAAGAAACAACUUAUUUCUCAGACCAAAUCUAGGAUUUUAUGUUCAGUUACAUCAGGUGCCAUUCAUUUGCGAAGGGAAGAGAUGUACAUUAGUAUCCCACGUUAUUACAGUGCAGAAGAAAUAAGCUAUGUAAAAAAUGUAUUGCCAUCAUUCCACUUGAUUAAAAAUAUUGAGUAAAUA